CGGUAACUCUUCGUUCUGAACACAGACAAGCCAGUAUCUUUGCAAGCAAGCCACCAUGCAACACACAGGCGAUGGCGCCCUUGAUAAUGGCGACGGCGCGGGCGGGUUGUCCUUCGAGCUGUCGCCCGCGCCAAACCACAUUCGUGGCGGGCUGCUAGGAGGUACACCUCCCAGCAACGGAGCUGCAGGAGUUGGCGCGUUUUCAUUUCUGGGUCGGGCGGCUGACGACGAGUACCGCUCGCCGGCGCCGCUGUUCGGCCGCGGUAACGCCGCGGCUGCAGCUGCUGCAGCCAGGCACGAUGCCGCCGGGCCCUUCGCUUUUGGUGGCUUUCCUUUCGACUUGGGUGCCGCAGCUGGAGGGCGGCCAACGGCCGCAGGCGGAGCAGCGGCUGGGCAGGCAGCAGGCGAGGAGCAGCAGGGAUUUGGGUUUGGUGCCGAGGGCGACAUUUUGGAUGCCGUGUUUUCACAGCCCUUCUCACAACAACAGCAUCACCAGCACCAAGAGCCACCUUUGUCACAGUCUCAGCCGCAAUCGCAGGACCUGCCACUGUCGCAGCGACAGCAGCAGCGCAGCCGGCGGCAGCACCCCCGGGGGCACGGCGCCGCGCACCCACCUGCCGCCACCCACCUGCAGCGGCCGCACCCACCGCAGGAGCAGCAACAGCAACAGCCCCAACCACAACAUCAGCAGCGGCCGCAACCACAGCAGAAGGAGCCGCAGCAGGGGGUGGCGCACCCACAACACCACCAGCAGCCGCAGCAUGCCACGCCUGCAGCGGCGCCGCAUGAGCUGGAGCCCAGCCCCUACCACCAGCAACAACAGCAGCAACACGAUUUCUUUGGGCACGGUUACGGUGAGGACCCCAUUGCACCAGGCCCAUACCAGCAGUACCAGCAGCAGCAGCAGCACCAGCAACACCAAAGUGAGCCGGAGCCGGAGGAGGAGCAGCAGCCGGGGUCGCUGGGGCAGCGGCUGCUGCAGUGGCUGCUGCGCAGCGGGGCGCUGGACGAGGCGGCGGGGCCGGAGGCGCAGGACGAGGAGGGCCGGCUACAGCUGCCGCCUGACAGAGCCGUGUCACUGCCGGUGGAUGUGAUGUCGCUCAUCACGUCCGACCCCGAGGUGGGCUGCUGGCUGCUGGCAGACAUGAAGGCGGCGCAGUGGGCGGUGCUGGACGAGCUGCACGCGCAGGGGCUGUGCGCCACAGCGUGCCCCCGCAUCCACCUGAGGCCCACACACGUGCCGAUGCCCUGCCAGCACGUGCCGGAGCUGCUCGCCGCGCUCUGCAACAGCAGCUGCAGCAGCGCCAGCUGCUACAGCCCCCUUGGCACGCCGUCCGGCCGCGCCGCCGCCGCCGCCGCCACUCCGGCCUGCUGCUACGGUGUGGUGGUGGGCGCCAGUAGUCUGGGCCGGCGGCCGCACAGCCGCAGCCUGGUGUGCCUGCACUGCGGCGGUGGCAGGCAGAUCCUGGAGGAUCGAGGCCUGGCGCCGGCGCACGGGGCAGAGGAGGAGGAGGCAGCAGCGGCACAAGCGCGGGCGCCCGGGGGGCGGCGAGGGCCGGGGCGAGGCGGGGCCGGCGCGGGGCCGGGUGCCUGGGCUGGGAUGGCGGUGUGUGACUGCGGAGGCAGCACCACCAUCCAUGAUGUCCAGGAAGACCUGUCGGGCAGGGUGAUGGUGGAGUGCCAGGAGCUCUGGCUGGGCGGGCUGCGCAGCGCGGGCCCGGGGUCCGGCCACUUCGCGCGCCUGGGCUGUGUGCGGGUGGUGCUGGGAGAUGGCCUGGCGGGCACCGUGCGGGUCGGGGACGUGGUGCAGCUGGUGGGGUUGGUGCGGCUGCUGGGGCCGCCCGGGGCACGCGCCACAGCCGCCAUCGGCGGCCCUGGCGGCGGCGGCCCAGGCUGCGGCAGUGGCGGCGGCUCCGCAGCCUCACUCGCGCUUCGCUCCGCCGCCUCCGCAGCCGCGACCGCCGAGAUUGAGGCGCUGUCCAUCAGCCAGGCCUCGCCGCUGCAGGCCUGGGCGCCGCUGGGAGUCGGGGCCAGUGGUGGCGGCGGCGAUGGCGGGGGGCUGAUUGCCGCCAGUGGACGACCGCUACAGCUGCUGUGCGACGUGCUGUGCCGGCUGCUGGGCCGCGCCGUGGAGCCGCUCACCUGCCUGGCGCUGCUGGCCAGCGCCGUCAGCGUGGGCGGCGGCGGUAGCAGCAGUAGCAGCAGUAACAGCAACGGCAACGGCGAUGCCACGGGCGAGGUCACUGCAGCGGCACCCAGCAACAAAGGCGGUGUCCUGCACCUGCACCAGCACCAGCAGCACCAGCACCAGCAGCUGUGUGUGCUGCUGGGCUGCGAGCGGCAUGACCCGCUGGGGCCGCGGCUGCUGCGCGGCGCGGCGGCGCUGCUGAGCCCGCUGGGCACCUGGCUGGGCGGCGCCGCGGCGGCGGCCUCUGCCGGCACCGCCACCAGCCACCUGACGGACGACGUCAUCUUGCCGCGGCUGCAGCAAGGCAGCCGGCCUGACGGCUCCGCCGACGGCGCCGCCGCCGCCACGGUGGCUUGCAGCGCGCUGCUGGCCGCCGCCAACCGGGGCGUAGCGGUGGUGGACGCAGACGUGCUGUCCAGCAAGCAGAAGGCGCAGCUGUGUGAAACGCUGGGCCGGCGUGUGCUAGUGCUGGCGCCCGGCCGCCCCGAGCUGUCCAUCCCCGUCACCGCCACGGUCUGGGCGGCGGCCGUACGACACGCCACUGCCGCCGACUGCGACCCCGAGGCCAGCGGCGCACCCAGCAGCCGCCGCGGCGGCGGCGGGGGCCGUGGUCCGGUGCCGGGCAGCCUCAGGGGCGGCUGGUCUGGUCUGGAUGAGUCAUGCUUUGAUAUGGUGCUGGGCCACGUGGCGGUUGAUGACGUGGCGGGGGACAUGGCGCUGGAUGAGGGCUCUCUGGAUCCAGGGGACCGCCGGCCGUGCGACCGCACGGAGGCGGAGGCUCUGACGGCGGCGCUGCGGGCGCACGUGGCGGCGGCGGCGCUGCUGGCUCCCGCCCCCACCCUGAGCGAGGCGGGUCUGGAGCUGCUGAUGGGGUACUACGUGGCAGUGCGGCAGUCAGGAGUCAAGGUGUCCCAGGCGGAGGUGCUCCGCGCGCUGGUCAAGGUGGCCACCGCCUGCGCCCGCCUGCACCUCCGCCGACAGGUGGCGGAGGCGCCCGACUGCGUGCUGGCGGUGCUGCUGACGGAGGGCACCCUGGCCUGCCGCUUCGGCGACGCCUACAUGGGGUUGGGCCUGCCAUCGCUGCAGGCGCUGAUGGCGGCGGGCUCGGGCUGGGACGGAGGGGGAGGAGGAGGAGGGGGAGGAGGAGGGGGAGGAGGGGAGGAUGGCAUGGAGUGGGAGGAAGGCGCGGACGGGUUUGGGGAGGAGGGGGGAGGCGAGGAAGAGGAGGAGAUGGAGGUGGAGGUGGAUAUGAUGGCUGCGACGGGGGUGCGGGCAGCAAGGAGCAGAGGAGGAGGGCGGCGGCGCGAGGGUCAGCGGCGGCACGCGCUGGUGAUGGGGCUGGCGGGCGGUGGGUUGGAUGCCGAGCUGCACCGGCUGCUGCCCAUGCUGCGGCGCUGCCUACAGGGGUUCGUGUCUGGUUGAAGUAGGUCUGGUGGAAGAAUUUACGUUGACACUUGAAGACAGCUCACAUACAAGUGUUGCCCUGGCACUUGUCCGGUUCUAUAUAACUGGUAUGUAAGGAGCGAGCCCG